CCGGCAAACAGCAACACUGAGGCUGCGCAGAGCAUCGCCUGCUGGGAAUUGUAGUGCGCUGAUGAGCGAUACUGAGGCUGCGCGGUGCAGUGCGUACUGGGAGUUGCAGUUCACGGGGGACAGACGUCGGGCUCGAGUUCCUGAAGGGCGGGAGAAAGCGCUCGACCUGCGGCCUCAGUCUGUUAUGGCCGCUGCCGAAUGCCGGCUCCUCUCGGGCCCCGAGGCCUCCGCGGUGCUGGAGGCCGCCGACACGCUGCUGUUCGACUGUGACGGGGUGAUCUGGCGGGGAGAGGCCGCGAUCCCCGGCGCCGCGCAGCUCAUCAACCGGCUGCAGGAGCGCGGGAAGCGGGUGCUGUACAUGACCAACAACAGCACCAAGACGCGGGCCAUGUACACCGACAAGCUGCGCGGCCUCGGCUUCCGCGCUGAGACCCAGGACGUCUUCGCCACCGCCUUCUGCUCGGCGCUGUACCUGCAGCAGAAGCCCGCGCAGCGCGGGAAGGUGUACGUGCUGGGCGCCGAGGCCGUGAGCGAGGAGCUGCGGAGCCUGGGCAUCGCCUGCAUCGGCCCCGGCCCCGACCCGCUGUGCGGCGCCAUGGGCGACUGGGCCGCGCUGCCCCGAGACAGCGACGUCGGCGCCGUCCUCGUCGCCUUCGACCCGCAUUUCAGCUACAUGAAGCUGGUGCGGGCGGCGGCCUACCUGCGGGACCCGGGCUGCCGCUUCCUGGCCACCAACACCGACACCCGCCUCCCGCUGGAGGCCGGCGCCGCCAUCCCGGGUACGGGCUGCCUGGUGCGGGCGGUGGAGGCCGCGGCCCAGCGCACGGCCACGGUGAUCGGCAAACCCAGCGCUUUCAUGUUCCGCUGCGCGGCCGAGCGCUUCGGGCUGGACCCGGCCAGGACCAUCAUGGUGGGCGACCGGCUGGACACCGACAUCCUCCUCGGCACCAACUGCGGCCUCCGGACCAUCCUCACCCUGACCGGCGUCUCCACGCUGCAGGAGGCCGAGAGCCACCGGGACAGCGGGGAGGCCGACCGCCGCCGCCUCGUCCCCGACUACUACGUGCACAGCGUGGCCGACCUGCUGCCCGCGCUGGACUGAGGCCGCGGCUCGGCUCAGCUCAGGGGUAACGCGGUGUUGUCGUCGUCGUUGUUGUCUGAAUUAUUUGUCUGAACACUUUACUGUAAGAUUUCAGGUUCCUGCGGAGAGCGACACAGAGAGAGAGAGAGAGAGCGCUGUGUGUGUGUGUGAGAGAGAGAGAGAGCGCGGCCGUGUUAUUUAUUACUGUGAUGUGAGUGACCCUUUACUGUGCACUGAAAAUAAACUGAUCAGUUUGCUCGA